AUGAAAGCGGCUGAGUCGCAGUGCGACGAAAGACGUUCCAACCCCGUUCAUGUAGAUCCAUUCCCCCCAGCUGAGGCUCGUGUGCUCUAUGGGCAGCCGUCAGUUAGCAGUCUUUCGUCGACGUCGCUCUUCACCCUUCCGCUAUUCUGCGUGGUUGCUCAAGCUUGGCAUCACCAACGGAGGUCGUGCAAGUCCCGGGCCAGUAUAAGAGACGGUGUGCUAGCAGCCUUGCAGGCCGAUGACAACGAUGAUGGGUCUUCGUCACGAAACAAACGAGGAAAAGGCAAGCAACGAGGAAAGGGCAAGCAGAAGGCUGCGAGGAGAGCUGCAAAAGACCAGGACAUCGGCAAGACUGAUGGUUUGCUGAUGCUCGUAACGGCGAUUCUGCAGAAACGUCACAGGGUAAUGAUGUUUCGAGACUUCGAGAUGUUGUGCAUGAGCAAUGAUCUGGAAACUGAAGACGUGCUCUCCAAGUGUGAGUUCCUCGUUCGAGAGGACUCUGGCCUCGCCGACAUCGUUGAAGUGCAAAGUUUGGAUGAUGCACUGGUGUUCUGCUUGGUCGAGAAAUUUGGUCGCGAUGGCGACAGCAUCACCUUGCAGCUUUCUGACCUUGGCAAAUGUGCCGCCCAACUGUUACCCAAGCAUGAGCGAGAAACAAAAAGCCUUCAGCGCAUUCUGGCCCUUCAUGCGGACAAGUUUUGUGUUUCGGGCACCACCGUAACCAUCCGCAAGCGACCAACCUGGCCAGAGCCAUCGUUCGACGACGCAGUCCCAACAUCAUUGCCGAAGCUGUCAGAUGGUGUCGAACAAGAAGAAAGCACAGACUCAUCAGCAGUCACGGCUGACACUUUUGCUGGCCGAUUGAGAAAGUCAGUGCCCGACAUCACAGAAGCUUUGGUGAAGCAGCCGGUCCUUUUCAAAGGCAGUUUGGGAAAGACGUCGGCAGAAUCCGACACCAAGAAGCUGGCCAGCGCUUUUGAGAGAUGCAUUCAGCAGUAUGGAUUUCUGAGACCGGAGCUCCUGGUUGCGGAGAUUGACUCUGCUUGCGCUCUCCGAGACAUCUCUGAAGAAGAGCUGCUGAAGGAUGCGUACGUUGGAGACAUUCUGGCAGGCUUUGCCACAAGACUUCUCCUUGUCGCAUCUUAUGUUCGGGUGUCCCUCGUGAGCCAGCCGAUUCUCACGAUCCACGAUCUGGAGAUGCACAUUCUGUCACACCCGAUGUUCAAGAGCAACAGCCGGUUCGAAGAUGCAUGUAUGGGCAAGCUGCAGUUCCACCCGCUGGUGAAACAUCAUUUCGGCUUGAACGACUUGCCCAGCAUCCCGAAGAGCUUCCCAGCGAUUGGCGGGAGGGAGAUACUGCACUAUUUGUUCUCUGCAGAUGUGCUUUCAACACUUAUUGGCAAAGGAACACGGCUGUCCGGCAAGAGGGCGAGAUCUGCAUUUGCGGCUUUAUCCCAGAUUGCCGAAGCUCAUCGCUUGGAUGACUUUCGCGAGCUAGGCAUUGCCGUGCAAGACGGCUCCUUCUUGGGGCAGAUCAUUCCCGCCAUGGACACCUCAAAGCUUGAACUGCAGGGCGUUAUGCGGGCAGGUGGGCAGCAGACCAUUCCGAAAGCGCUUGCCGAAUGGAUUGCUUUGAGUUUGCCUUCGGAACACGAGGAGCUGUUGAUAGAGCUAGCGAAGUUGAGCAGCAAGGAGAAGCAGCAGGAGUUGGUGAGCAGCAUAACAUCCAGAAGACCGGACUGGCCCAGUGGGAGUUACAAACUUGGUCUGGCGGAUAAAGUUGCAAACUAUGCACGCUGGCUAUUCGCUGAACUGCUUCAGCUGGCAAAGGCAGAAGAAACCUCAGGAAACCCAGAGGAAGUUGGGGAAGUUGAUCUCUCAGAAGUCCCUCCUGAAGCACGCAGUAGCAAAAACGAGGCAGACGAGCGAGGUCAGGCUGAGGAUAUGCCGGUGAAGCUCAGCAACCGUUUCCUGCACAACUUGAGGGAGAUCCUGCGAGAGCAAAAUCUGGAGCUGGGAAGGCUUUUGGAAGCGGUGGGAAGCUUCGAAGAUCGCAUGUGCAAGGAAGAGCAGAAGAAGGAUUGGAGCGACAUGAAGCUUGGCAGUUUUGGCAACUGGUUGGCGCAAAAUAGCGACCAGAUAGCCAAUUCUGCUGGCUUGGUGAGCCGUGAACAGCUGGAUGUCGAGAAAGCUGCGCAUGAUUCUGGGCGGCUUCGAGGCUUGCCCUGGCAUGCGCAGACGGAGAGACAAGCAGUUGCUGAGGACAUGUGCCGUCGCAUUCGUGCAGAUGGCAACCAUGAUCCAGUGCUGGUGCUGCAUGUUCUGCAGCAACACUAUGCUGGGGUGUUGCAUCUCGGGACCGAUUCCGAGCUGCAGGCUAUCGUCGACAACGUUGGCGAUGCCGAGAUGGAGACCAAGCCUGAGGGAGAUUCGACGGAUGUGGUGCUUCAAGCCUCCGGCUCGCAUGUGUCUCUCCCUGCAGCACAGCAAGCAGCGAUGAGCGAAGAGAGGGACAGGCUGUUGGAAAGCGCGACGGAAGCGGCGCUGUCAUGUCCCGUGCUUUUCGACGUGGUGGAGUCACUGCCAGAGUGGGAAAGAGAUUUUGGAGGAGCUCUGGCCAUGGACGUCGGCGGUUUCCUGCGGUCGCCCGAAUUUCAAUCGCGAGCCAGGAGGAGAGGAGCGGUUGGCUGCAUUUUGGAGGUCCGCCACUCCGUUUUCGUGCGCUUGCCUUCAGCCGAAGACUGCUCCACGGAGCGACUCGCGAAAGCCCUGGAAGCCGCGGACGGUCGCCGUGUCACUGCCAUCGUGUUGGCCCGCCUGCUGCGAGAGGGCACGGCUGCACCCCUGUCGCUGUUAAAAGAACAGAUCUCCAAAGGCUACAGGGCCUUCGUUGAGACGCAGCCGGAGCGCUUCCUGCUCACAGCCAUCGCAGCCCUGCCACGGGACAUCGCUUGGAAGGAAGUUCUGGAGAUCAUCGCCUCUGGCUACAUGCGCAUGGAGCGGCCCCCCGUGGCUUUACUCAACUUGGUCUUCGAUGUCUACGAGGGCGAUGCUGGCGACAUGCAGAGCUACCCUGCCACAGAGCAGCCUUCUACCUCCGCAGAAGCGGUGGUGCAACUGGCAGCAGAAGAGGAGGACGCAGAGAACGAGGAAGUUUGCAGACGAAUAGCUGCCAUGAAGAAAGUUGACUACGACUGUGUUGACUUGGCGAAGCGCGAGUGGAUCCAAGAACCUGGCGAUCCUGGCGUCCGGUCUUUGCAGCAGACAGUGCAGGGGGCUGUGAAACGACUUUCUGAAGACUUGUACAGUGGUGAGGCUCACUUUUUGCUGGAACUUCUUCAGAACUGCGAUGACUGCACGUAUCCGGAGGGCGAGAUGCCGACCUUGCGUCUGACUUUCGAACCCAGGAAGCAGAAGUUCGAAGAGCUGAGCAGCUUCCGUGCAGGGGAUGCCGUGGAAGCUUUUCUUGUUGUGGAGUAUAACGAGAGAGGCUUUGAGGACAGGAAGUCCUGUUUUUGCAUAGCGAUGCGAAGAGUGCCGGUUGUGCUGCGGAUAGACGACACGCAAGUUUCGCAGGAGAAGAACGUCAUCGCCAUCUGUGACAUAGACAAGUCCACCAAGCAGGCUACUGACAAGAAGUUCAUUGGUGCCAAGGGAAUUGGCUUUAAGUGUUCCUCGUUACCGCCACCCCUGUUGUGCACUCUCGUGGCUUUCAUUUCCACUUCGACGCUGAAGCACUGCCUCUUGGAGAGCAGUUAUCCGUCCACCAGGAUGAUGGAGCCAGUGUCCCUGAUGGCGGAGGCAAGGAUUGGGUUCGCUGUUGCCCUUUCCCUUGAAGCCGGCCUCAACGCCACCUCGCGGGACACGGCUCGUCCUGCCCCUGAGCAGCAUCCAAGGCUGGGCGUGAAUGCACAGUCAGCUUGGUCCUGUCUCCCGUCCCGGGCAGGGCCGUUGAGGAAGCGGGGGCUGCGUGCUCCAGACGUGGGGAAGCGCGCGCUCAAAGACGUGCAGCCCACCCUGCUUCUGUUUUUGCGCAAGGUGGCACGAGUGGAGGCCGCGGGCUUCAGGAACACUUAG